AUGGCGGACACAACUUCUCUGCCUACAAAAUGGGAAGUCAAUGCUCUCUUCAGCGUCUUUCUCUUUAAUCAGAUUUCGGGCAAUUAUCUUUCUUCAACAGGAAGAACGCUUUGUUUCCAAGCAACAAAGUCCGAAUGGGGAAUUUCAAAAUUUAUCUCUAGAAAGGUUUUUUCUGAUCCAUCAAAUGGAUACAUAAUCGAUGACAGUUGUGUGUUUGGUGCUGAAGUUUUUGUGGUCAAAAGAGAAGCAGUCAUUGAACGUGUGUUAUUGACGAAUGUCAAUACUUAUUACAAUCAUGCUUUGGAGAUUUCGGGUUUCUCCCAAUUGACCCAAAGAUGGGUGUCUGAAGAAUUUGAUGCUGGAGGCCAAAAAUGGAAAAUCCUUCUUUACCCAAAAGGAAAUGCAGAAGGAACUGGCAGCCAUGUUAGCAUCUAUUUGUACUAUCUUGGUACCGAAAGAGUGCAGACAUGUUUUACCGUAUGCAUGAAAAACCAGUUUGAUGAUAAACAAACUAGACGAUAUUUUUUUAGUUACUGGUUUUUAGCUUCCAGCAGUAGUUGGGGAAGGCCUGUAUACAUUGAUCUUGCAACUAUUAAUGAUCCUAACAAAGGAAUCAUUGUCAAAUAUUGUUGUCUUCUAAAUAUAAAAAUCAACGUCAAAGCUGUUGAGCGAAUAUCUUAA